AUGUUAGCAGAGGAGACAAUGGCGUUGAGAAGCGGUCUAUCGAUGGCAUACAAGACACUCGUGAAGCCAUCGAUGGCAUUGCCGUCGCGGCUAUAUCUGAGGCCAUUGAGCGCCGAGACGUCCGAAGACAUGCGCAACAGAAUCGACAAAUUGGUGGCCAAUAAUAAAGUGGUUGUCUUCAUGAAAGGAGAUCCACAACAGCCUCGCUGUGGCUUCAGUAACGCUGUUAUUCAGGUCCUCCGUAUGCAUGGCGUUGAAUACGACGCCCACGACGUCCUGUCCUCCGAAGAGCUCCGCAAAGGCAUCAAAGACUACACUUCGUGGCCAACAAUACCGCAGGUGUUUAUCAAUGGAGAGUUUGUCGGCGGAUGUGAUAUACUUCUGGAGAAACACCAAAACGGAGAGCUCGUCGACGAUCUCCAGAAGAUUGGCAUCAAAUCGGCUCUUCUGGACACAGANGACUACACUUCGUGGCCAACAAUACCGCAAGUCUUUAUCAAUGGAGAGUUUGUCGGCGGAUGUGAUAUACUUCUGGAGAAACACCAAAACGGAGAGCUCGUCGACGAUCUCCAGAAGAUUGGCAUCAAAUCGGCUCUUCUGGACACAGAGUUAUCCAAAGACCAGAACAAAGAUCAGUGA